GGUACAAGUAUAAGCUCAUCUACUGACCGGAUACCUUAAUCACUCAGCUGUCUAGCUCCAGGCCCGGUCUAGUCCUUGCGAAUGCCGCCUUCAGAGCAGGAGCCUUUGCUUGGCGACCGAGGCCGGUCUAGCAAGUCAGGCGAGACCAAGUCGCCACCAGAUUCUUCAGCUGCGACACAGAGCAGCAAGGCCAGUGCAGCACAUGCUUCGGUUGCGUCGCCAUAUCGCUCGCCCUCGCGGCAUUCUGGUUCUACGACUGACGAAGAGGAGGAAUCGCAAGAGACGCCUAACGCGCUUCUGAUUUUGCCGCUCAACUUUUUCAAUGCGUUCGGAUGGUCGCUGGUGGAGGUGCCGCUCGUGUACCUCUUGCGUACGCGGAUAUGCGAGAUUCUGUUUGAUGAUAAGCCAGGAAGUCUGCCGUAUGAGGCGAACAAGUGUCGAACAGAGGAGAUCCAGAUGUAUGUCAGUGGGAUUCGUGCAGGCUUUCAGACUAUUGCAGCUGUGCUUGGUCUCGUCACAACGCCCUCGUAUGGUGCUAUUUCAGACAGCCAGGGCCGACGUAAGGUUCUCAUGAUUUGCUCCGUCUUCCAUAUGAUCGGCGAUUUAUGUUUGCUCGCCACAGUCAUGUUGCCAGGUUACACCAAUCCGUACUAUGUACUCAUCACUGCCGUUUUCAAGGGUCUCGGUGGCUACAUUUCAGCAGUCGUUGCUACGCAAAACUCUUACGUUGCCGACUGCACGACGCCAGAAGCACGUUCGAGAUAUCUUGGCUGGAAUUUUGCGACUUACCAUCUUGGCACCGCCAUGGGCCCUCUGAUCUCUGGUGUGCUCGUUGCCAAAUGGGAUCGUAUGGAUCUGGUCUAUGGUAUCAGUGUCAGUCUUUGGGCGCUGUACUUUCUCUAUACUUGGCUCAUUUUGCCAGAAUCCAAUCCGCCGUGCGAAGUCAAUGAUAGUGCUUCCAUCAUAACCACAGGGAGCACUGUUGAGCGGGUCUCAAGUCUCUGGCAGUGGUUCAAGCGUGUACUUUAUGAGAAUUUUGUCGAGCCGCUCGCCAUUAUCCUACCUUCACGGACCCAGUCGUCCUUUUCAUCGCUCGAUAUCCUUGGCCACUCUCCCGAGGCAAAACGCCAUUGGGAUGUCUUGAUAGCUGCUUCGUUGGUUGGCAUGACUAUCUUUGCGACAGGCUCUAUGGGACUUUUGCCGCUUUAUACAGACUACAAGCUACGUUGGGGUCCACUGAAGGCUUCGCUACUGCUUUCCGUUGACUCUGGCGCCUCCGUGGUGUCCCUCACGCUUUUCUUUCCAUUCGUUUGCUGGCUGUUUUCAAAAUUCUUGAAGCGCUUUGGUGGUGCAGGUGGUGCUUGGGACGAUCUAGGCAUUACCAUCCCGUGGCUCACAACUGCGCCUGAAGCUGACAAGAUGCGUGCAGACGCAGCAACGAGGAGAAAGCGAAAUAGCAGACGCCAGUCAUUCCAAUCGCAUGGCAGUCAUCGAGAUGCAUCGAUCACACCGCCAGUUGAAUCUGCAGAGUCAUUCUCAAAAAAGAUCACCAUCGUCAAGCGUGACUUGUGGGUGGCGAGAACAGGUUAUGUGUUUGCAAUUGUCUCCAUCAUCGGUGUAGCCUUGUCUACAACGGAUGCACAGAUUUACGCUGCCAUCAUCCUCCAGUCUCUCAGUGCCAUUGCUGUUCCAGCCGUACAGAGUAUAGCACUCAAUGGUGUGCGUGCCGAUUACAACGGCCGGAUUAUGGCUGCCUUUGCGAUUGUUGAGUCACUUGCUCUGGUAGCUCGUGGUCCUGUAUUCGCGGCCAUUUACAACUUGACAUUGGACUCGGCUGCCAAUUCGGUGUACUUCACGUCAGCGGGCGUGUAUGGGCUAUGUUUGAUUGUUCUUGGCUUUGUCCAGCUCUAUCAACCGAUAUAGAAAAGCACAAUGCGUAUGCAUGUAAAUUAUUUGAUUGAGGUCGAAGUGCUUGUAACGCAAGCCUGACAUGAUAUCCUGGUAAGCGCUUACAUUGAUCAUGUAGUCCAGAUGACAUGGAACCCCUGCCCAUCUGACAUUCUUCUGGCAUUUAAGUGCGGGAUCGCGCUAUGCUGCCUGAACGAGAAGGAAGACUGCGCUUUGAAGUUUCGACAUCUU